GAAAGGUUAACGAGUUGUGUUUACACGGCUAUUCGAAAAUAAGAAAAUAAAUAAAUAUGUUUACAAACUCAUUAAUAGUUGCAGUUUGUGUUUUUUUAUGUGCCCGUAAUUCCCACGCAAUAUUGACGAUGUUAUACGGUUACUUCUCACAGCAAUAACGGUAGUUUAGGACGUGGGCGCAUACAUAAAGCCUACUUGACUUAGAGGUUGAGAUAUAUUUGCAUCUCGGCGCUUCUCGACGUUUGGUUUCAAUAACGUUGCGUUUUGUUUGGACAAUAUGAAGAUUGUUACAUGCGUCGCACCUGUUAAUAUUGCAGUUAUAAAAUACUGGGGUAAACGAGAUGACAAACUUAUUUUACCACUCAAUGACUCUGUCAGCACAACAUUAAGCACAGAACAUCUGUGUGCGAAGACAACUAUAAUGAUUAGCUCCGAGUUUCAAAGUGACAGACUAUGGCUGAAUGGAAGGGAAGAGAACUGUGAAAAUCCACGUAUCCAAAACUGUUUGAGAGAAGUCCGUAAAAGAGCUGCUAAAUCUGGAAACAAUGAAAAUAUGUCUGCAUGGAAUGUCCAUAUUUGUUCAGAAAAUAAUUUCCCCACGGCUGCUGGCCUUGCAUCAUCUGCUGCAGGUUAUGCAUGUUUGGUGUAUGCAUUAUCCAGAAUUUAUGAGAUUGAUGGUGACAUAUCAGCCAUAGCACGUCAAGGCUCAGGUAGUGCCUGCCGCAGUGUGCUGGGAGGUUUCGUGCAGUGGAACAAAGGAGACCAAGAUGAUGGUUCAGAUUCAUUGGCAACUCAGCUAGCUCCAGCUAAUCACUGGCCAGAAAUGAGAAUUCUAAUUCUUGUGGUACAUGAAAAACACAAAAAGAUAAGCAGCAAGAUUGGAAUGGAACAGAGUGUGAAAACAAGUGAACUGCUAAAAUAUCGUGUUUCACACUGUGUCCCACAAAGGAUACAAGAUAUCAAACAGGCUAUAUUAAAUAAGGACUUUGAGAGAUUUGCUGAAAUAACAAUGAAAGACAGCAAUCAGUUUCAUGCAGUUUGUCUGGACACAUUUCCACCAGCAGUUUACAUGAAUGAUGUUUCACAUGCCAUAGUUAAUUUUGUUCACUGUUACAACAAAUUAAAAGGUCACAAUGCUCUUGCAUACACAUUUGAUGCGGGUCCAAAUGCUUGUUUGUAUAUGAAAGAGCAUGAUGUCCCAAAAGUUUUGGGUUUACUCAGUGUCAUUUUUCCAUUUCCUGGAGAAGAAGACAGCUACAUUAAAGGAAUUCCAAUCAACAAGGACACUAUUCCACAGGAAAUGCAAGCUGCUUUUGGUAUGGAACAACAAAUGGAAGGGUCAUUAAAAUAUAUAAUCCACACGCGUCUUGGAAAUGGACCAAAGGAACUGAAGAGUCAGAAUGAGCAUCUCUUGACAGAGUCUGGAGUACCAAAGAACCUGGUCGUAUGAAGAAACAAUGAAGGAAUCAAAAUGCCACUUGAGAUUAUUUGUGUUAAACAAUACUUUCAACAAGAACAGUACUGUUUAAUAACUUUUGAAUGGAAAUUGUGGUGCAAAACACACUACUAAACAUGGCCUUAAAUGAAUAUAGUGAUAAGAGUUUGGUUGACAGUGAGUUUAAAUAGCACCAAAAAAACAAGCACAUCUUUAAUGAACUUAUGUACUAUCA